UACCCAGCCUGUCGCUAAACUUUCCCGGCCUCGGCCCGACUCGGAGUUGCGUUUUUGAGCCGAGUGUCCCAGGGACAGAAGACCCAGGCUGGCUGCAGACAUCUGCCCUUCUCGGCGAGAUCCUUAGAGAGUCCCUUCCCUGGAAUUGGAGCCCUGACCGUCCCUCUCCAGCCCUGUCCUGCGAAGAGCUGAGUGCUGGCAGUGGAGGCAGCGCUUUCCCGAAGCAGUUUAUCUUUGGACGGAUUUCUUUAAGAGAAAAAGAAACCAACAGGUUGCCAACGCCAGCGUCACACGGGAGACUCCGGAGAGGGAAGCCCCAGCCCCGGUUUCCUCUGCCUGCCUUGGCCCCUCGCGGGCUGCGGGAGGAGAGGGGAGGGAGGGGGCGAUGGCUCGGCCUGACCCGUGCGCGCCGCCCUCGCUCCUGCUGUUGCUUCUGGCGCAGCUGGCGGGCCGGGCGGCGGCCGCCUCCAAGGCCCCGGUGUGCCAGGAAAUCACGGUACCCAUGUGCCGCGGCAUCGGCUACAACCUGACGCACAUGCCCAACCAGUUCAACCACGACACGCAGGACGAGGCGGGCCUGGAGGUGCACCAGUUCUGGCCACUGGUGGAGAUCCACUGCUCGCCGGACUUGCGCUUCUUCCUGUGCUCCAUGUACACGCCCAUCUGCCUGCCGGACUACCAUAAACCGCUGCCGCCCUGCCGCUCCGUGUGCGAGCGCGCCAAGGCCGGCUGCUCGCCUCUCAUGCGCCAGUACGGCUUCGCCUGGCCAGAGCGCAUGAGCUGUGACCGUCUCCCUGUGCUGGGCCGCGACGCCGAGGUCCUGUGCAUGGAUUACAACCGCAGUGAGGCCACCACGACGCCCCCCAAAUCCUUCCCAGCCAAGCCCACCCUCCCAGGCCCGCCAGGGGCGCCGUCCUCCGGGAGCGAGUGCACAGCAGGGGGCCCAUCUGUGUGCACGUGCCGCGAGCCCUUCGUGCCCAUCCUGAAGGAGUCGCACCCACUCUACAACAAGGUGCGAACAGGACAGGUGCCCAACUGUGCGGUGCCCUGCUACCAGCCGUCCUUCAGCCCAGACGAGCGCACGUUCGCCACCUUCUGGAUUGGUCUCUGGUCAGUGCUUUGCUUCAUCUCCACUUCCACGACGGUGGCCACUUUCCUCAUUGACAUGGAACGCUUCCGCUAUCCGGAGCGCCCAAUUAUCUUUCUGUCAGCCUGCUACCUGUGCGUGUCGCUGGGAUUCCUGGUGCGCCUGGUGGUGGGCCAUGCCAGUGUGGCCUGCAGCCGGGAGCACAACCAUAUCCACUAUGAGACGACCGGCCCUGCGCUGUGCACCGUCGUAUUCCUGCUAGUCUACUUCUUUGGCAUGGCCAGUUCCAUCUGGUGGGUCAUCCUGUCGCUCACCUGGUUCUUGGCGGCUGGCAUGAAAUGGGGCAAUGAGGCCAUUGCGGGUUAUGCACAGUACUUCCACCUAGCAGCGUGGCUUAUUCCCAGCGUCAAGUCCAUUACGGCGCUGGCUCUGAGCUCGGUGGACGGGGACCCGGUCGCCGGCAUAUGCUACGUGGGCAACCAGAACCUGAACUCUCUUCGCGGCUUCGUCCUGGGCCCACUGGUGCUCUACCUCCUGGUGGGCACGCUCUUCCUCCUAGCGGGCUUCGUGUCGCUUUUCCGCAUCCGCAGCGUCAUUAAGCAGGGCGGCACCAAGACGGACAAGCUGGAGAAGCUCAUGAUCCGCAUUGGCAUCUUCACGUUGCUCUACACGGUGCCCGCCAGCAUCGUGGUGGCCUGCUACCUGUACGAGCAGCACUAUCGCGAGAGCUGGGAGGCGGCUCUCACCUGCGCUUGCCCGGGCCCCGACGCCGGCCAGCCGCGCGCCAAGCCCGAGUACUGGGUGCUCAUGCUCAAGUAUUUCAUGUGCCUGGUGGUGGGCAUCACGUCGGGCGUCUGGAUCUGGUCCGGCAAGACAGUGGAGUCUUGGCGGCGCUUCACCAGCCGCUGCUGCUGCCGCCCGCGGCGGGGCCACAAGAGCGGGGGCGCUAUGGCCGCCGGGGACUACGCCGAGGCGAGCGCGGCGCUCACUGGCAGGACCGGGCCUCCGGGCCCCUCUGCCGCCUACCACAAGCAGGUGUCCCUGUCGCACGUAUAGGAGGAGGCCUCGGCCGAGGGACCCGUGCUGGGAGUUGAGGGAGGGGGUUGUUUUGUUUCGUAGCUUGAGAAGGUCACUUCCGUUUACCUUCGUGGUGCUGAGGCCCCCUCCCAGGACAAAUUGGAGAGAGGGGAAAGGGGCAGUUUCCAGGGAGCAUCUGUCCCAGUUCUUAAAGGGGCUCUGCUCACGYGUAGACUGAUUUGCGUUUCUUAACUGCCGCCUUUAGAGGAACCCUCUUUUUAAUUUAUAUGUAUUGUUCUUAAUUUUUAACUGUUGCAUUUUGGCAACAGAAUUUACCUUUGCUUUGGGGGCUUUACAAUCCUAAAGUUGGCAUUGUAAUGAGGUUCCAUUUGGUUCAGGUUUCUUUGAACUGUGUGGUCUAAAUUGGGAAAAUAUAUUUCCUAUACGUGUGUCUUUAAAAAAAAAAUGUGAACAGUGAAAGUUUGGGUUGCUGUGACUGGAAAGGAGUGGAGUGUGCUUUUUCAACUAAUUUCUCCUUCCACUGCUUAAAAGUGUCCAAGCUGCUUUAGAACUGCUGCACGUCCCAGAGUACAGCCCCAAGUCCUCCCAAGGAGGGGAACAUAAUGUGCUAGGGCCUCUCCAAGUUGACAGGUUUAGGUGAGGGAGUGCCUAGGGAUUUUGUGUGCAUCCUUAACCUUGUCAGUUGAGCUUUGGGUUCUUUGCAGCAGUCAUUUUCAUUCCUAACAGAACCAGUGUCCUGUCCAAGUUAGAAGUAGCAGCUAGAAUGUCCGCCAUAAACAUUUGCAAUAAUAAGAGCCUAAGAGAUGAUGAUUGGUUGAGCGUGAAUUCUAGACUGGUGAGAUGGUAAGCGUUGUGCCAGAGAGGGGGUGGGUGGUUCUUAAUAAGCUUCUGUGAUCCCUUAUUAUUUUAAAGGAACUUGUGUUACAAUUUUGGUGAAAGUACACCCACUCUYGUCUUCUGGAAAUACUUAGGGAUUGUUGCUAAAGAGGGCUCCCUUUUAAAUUAAAGGACUAAAACGGAUAUGCUUCCAGUAAUUAAAGUAAAUUUCCAGCUUCUCUUA